CAGUUCACACUGCAACUUGCAGUAAAACAGACGUUUAAUUUCCAAUUCGGUUGAGUUGUAUCAAGCUUUUGAAAAAUUUAGCUGCGAUAAAGUGUAUUACAAGAGGCAGCCAGCAAUUACGUAAAAGAUGAACCCACGAUGGCUACUACUCUGUCUAGCGGCAUUGCUGAUGCCCAUCACGUCAACUGCUUUCAAUAUUCUCUUUAUGGGUCCUUUCCCAGCGCCCAGUCACUGGAUGUGGUUAGAACACUUUCUGCGCGAUCUGCUGCAGCGUGGUCACCAUGUAACGGCGCUCACAAAUCAUCGCGCAAAAUAUGUACAUCCGAAUUUGACAGAGAUCAUCAUCGAUCCGCAAUUCAAUAUACCGCAUUAUUUUCCCAAAGAGAAUAUAUUCAAAAUGCGUUACUCCAGCGAUUUUCAAAACUUACAGAUGUGGUUCCAUGUUGGCUUGCUCACCAGCGAAUAUGCGCUCAACGAUCCCAAGGUGAAAGCACUGAUCGCCAGUACUGAUCGGCAUUUCGAUCUAAUCAUUUUGGAGCAAUUCUUCCAUGAGAGUUUUCUGAUGUUUGCGCACAAAUUUAAAUGUCCUGUUGUGACGUUGGGCACUAUGGGUUAUGCGGACAAUAUGGAUCAUACGAUGGGCUUACUCACACCUUGGUCUUUUAUACCACAUCUAUUACUCUCACAUACUGAUCAGAUGACCUUCACGCAACGUGCUUACAAUACGUAUCUAUCAUUGUACGACGCUGUGAUGAGACGCUGGUAUUAUAUGCCUAAAAUGCAGGAGAUGGCCGAGCGGCAUUUCGCAGGACUGGUAGAGGGUCCAUUGCCACAUGUGCGACAAUUGGAGAAAAAUAUUUCGUUGAUGUUGAUCAAUAGUCAUCGUAGUUUGGAUGUGCCGCGUCCCAGCAUGCCCGGACUCGUAAAUGUCGGUGGUGUACAUAUAAAAACACCCAAGCCACUGCCACACGAUUUACAGACUUAUCUGGACAACUCUACCCACGGUGUGGUGUACUUCAGUCUCGGUUCUUAUAUGAAGAGUAUAGAUAUGCCUAAGGAAAAAAUCAACUUGAUACUCAACGCCUUCAGUCAGCUGAAACAGAAUGUUUUGUGGAAAUUCGAGAAUUCUUCUAUUGGUCAUCUGCCGCCGAAUGUGAAAAUCCAGAGCUGGUUGCCACAAAACGAUAUACUGGCACACCCAAAUAUCAAGGUGUUCAUCACGCAUGGUGGCAUCUUUGGCACGCAAGAGGGCAUCCACUGGGGUGUGCCGAUGUUGAGCAUACCGCUUUAUGGCGAUCAACACCGGAACACGAUCAAAUCGGUGCGUGCUGGCUAUGCGCGCACUUUGAACUUCGGUCAAAUGUCGAGCGAAGAUCUGCUACAGAAUAUACGAUUGCUCAUCAGUGAUGGCAGUUAUAAGCAGAAGGCGCUGGAAGCAUCGCGCAAAUUUAGAGAUAAUCCAAUGCAUCCUUUGGACGAGGCUUCAUUCUGGAUCGAAUAUAUUGCGAGGCACAAGGGUGCGCCACAUUUGAAAUCUUACGGCGCUUAUAUGCCACUGUAUCAGUACUUGUUGUUGGAUGUGUUUGGUUGCGCGCUAUUGGUAGCUUUCUUAGCGAUUUGGUUCCCGUUGAAAGUUCUCAAAUUUUUGGGAAGUUUGUUGAGGCGAAAAGAGCCUGAAGAGUCACAUAAAAAGCGUCAGUAGAGCUGUGAUCAAAGUUUUUCUAUGAAAAAUAAUAUUAGUUUUAGAAAAUUUAGUUUUACAUGUAAAAAUACGAAUUAAUUAUAAGUUGGAGAAAUUUUAUUAAACAAAAAAUGAUGUUAUCGACA